AUGGCCGGACAAAUCCCAGAGAUGCAAUGGGCUCAAGUGUUCGAGAAGAACAAUGGCCCCAUCGAAUACAAGCAGAUUCCUGUUCCAAAGCCAGGUCCUGAUGAGGUUUUAGUAAACAUUAAAUACACCGGUGUUUGCCAUACCGAUCUUCACGCAUGGAAGGGCGAUUGGCCGUUGGCUGAGAAGUUGCCUCUUGUUGGUGGUCACGAAGGUGCUGGGGUUGUCGUCGCAGUUGGGGAACUCGUCAAUGAUAUUAAGGUUGGUGACCACGCCGGUAUCAAGUGGCUCAAUGGCAGCUGUGGGGCUUGUGACUUCUGCAUGGCCUCCGACGAGCCUCUCUGUGGACAGGCAUUACUGUCUGGAUACACUGUUGACGGUACAUUCCAACAAUACUGCAUUGGCAAGGCCGCCCAUGUAGCCCGUAUCCCUAAAGAAGUCAAACUUGAUGCCAUUGCCCCAGUUCUUUGUGCCGGUAUCACUGUCUAUAAAGCGCUUAAGGAAUCUGGUGCCCGCUCAGGUAACACUGUAGCUAUUACUGGUGCCGGUGGUGGACUUGGAUCCCUUGCCUGUCAGUAUGCCAAAGCUAUGGGUUUCCGUGUCCUCGCCAUCGAUGGCGGCGACGAAAAGAAGGAUAUGUGCCUUAACAAGCUCGGCGCCGAGGAAUUUGUCGACUUCACAAAACAGGAUGUUGUCGCCACAGUCAAGGACCUUACCGGCGGGCUUGGAGCUCAUGCUGUUAUUCUGCUCGCUGUGAGCGAGAAGCCAUUCCAGCAGGCAACUGAGUAUUGUCGUAGCCGUGGUACAGUGGUUUGUGUUGGCCUUCCGGCAAAGGCGAGAAUCAGUGCAGAGGUCUUCCCGACUGUGGUUAGAAUGAUCACAAUCAAGGGGUCUUACGUUGGCAACCGUCUUGACACACAGGAGGCGAUUGACUUCUUUAAGAGAGGACUUAUCAAUGCUCCUUUCAAGACUGCGAAGUUGAGCGAGUUGACUGAGAUCUUCAAGCUUAUGGAGGAAGGAAAGAUUGUCGGAAGAUAUGUUCUAGAUUGCAGCGCAUAA